AAAAUCGUUCCCUUUUCCUAAAGAAGUGACAGUCAUAGAACAGGCUCAUGGCAAUCGCAGAGAGUCAGCUGACUGCCACGCUGCUUACCUCUGUGGUGGCGGCAGUGUUUGGCUCGCUACAGAUCGGAUACCACACGGGCAAUGUCAACUCUCCAGCCAGAGUUAUUGAAGACUUCUUCAAUGAGACUUGGAAAUCAAGACAUAAUCAGUCCAUGCCAGAGCACAGUCUGACAUUUCUGUGGGCUCUCUCAGUCAGCAUCAAGGACUUUGGAGCCCUGUUGGGGUCACUGGGCGUCAAAGGCCUGGCUGAUUACUAUGGGAGGAGAAAUGCCAUUCUUAUAGCAAACACUUUGUCUAUAGUGGGCACCUGUCUGAUGUUUCUGAGCAAAACAGCUGAAUCGUUUGAACUUCUAAUUGUGGGCCGUUUCAUUUUUGGCCUUUUCUGUGGUCUGGUGAUGAGUCUAAACCCGCUGUAUAUCCAGGGUGUGUCACCGAUUAACCUCCGUGGUGCCUUUGCAACUCUCAACCAGGUUUCUUUUGCCUCUGGCAUUUUCCUGGGCAUGGUGGUGGGUUUAGAAACAGUCCUGGGCACACAGAAGUACUGGGCAUUUAUGCUGUCUCUCUCCCUCAUACCAGCUGCUCUUCAGUAUAUAAUCUUGCCUUUUUGCCCUGAGAGCCCACGCUAUUUCUUUAUAAACUGUGGCAAGGAACAAGAAGCAGAAGCUGCUUUAAGAAGGUUAAGACGAGACGCUGAUAAGGUGAAAAAGGAAAUGGAUGAGAUGAGAGAAGAAGCAUCUCACAGCGAAGCAAGAAUAACUAUUGGGGAAUUCUUUAUCAAACGCUGCUACAAACAGCCCAUAAUACUUGUACUAAUCAUAAACCUGGGCAGCCAAUUAUCCGGAUUCAAUGCGAUCAUAAAUUAUUCAACAAAAAUAUUUACAAAGGCCAAAUUUGAAGAAGCAAAAUAUCUGACGCUUGGAGUGGGAGCGAUCAACGUGGCAUUCACCAUCGUGUCUUUGGUCCUGGUAGAAAGGGCAGGACGCAGGAAGCUGCUCCUUACUGGCUUCCUGUUGGUAGCUUUUUGCAAUUUACUAAUGACCAUCACAGACUCUUUGCUGGACAUUGUCCCAGACAUUCGUGGUCUUCAGGUACUUGUGGUGUUUGUCCUGAUUUCAGCAUAUGAGCUCGGUCCAGGGCCCAUCUCUUGGUUCAUUGGUGCAGAGCUCUUUGACCAGCCAGCCAAACCCAUUGCCAUGGCUUUCACCAGCAUGCUUAACUGGGGGGGAAAAUUCCUUCUAGCUCUCCUUUUCCCACCAUUAAUGCACCUGUGUGGCGCUUACGUCUACCUUCUCUUCAUGUCUAUGGCCCUUAUCGCAUUCACAUACACUAUGUUCCGCCUCCCGGAAACAAAAGGACGGACGUUUGAUGACAUUGCUGCGGAGUUUCGCGGGGCUGAGAGCAUUCCCCUGCAUAACAAAACAGGUUUUAAUACGUUCACUUGAACAAGAAGCCAAAACAGUAUAGAAUUAGUUCAGGUAGGCAAUGAUUGGUCCAUAGUUAAAUAUUGAGAAAUUGUAACAUCUUAGUUUUACUUUCUAUUACUAAUGUCAAUGCAAUUAAAUAGUGUUUUGUGUAAAGUAACCAAGAAUAGGCCAUACUGUAAACAUAUUGAUCUACAAUAAAGUAUAAAAUAUAAUUUAAAAUAUACACAUUGUUAUGCAUCUAUUAAACAGCCCUAUGAACAACC